AAUCUCAGACACCUCACCCACUAUUUAAAUGGUAUUAAUUAGAUGCUGUUUAAAAUAUUCCAAUCAAAUAGUAGUCCUCAUUUGCAGCCAUAGGGUUUUGAGGAAGGAGGUUGAGCCCCAGUGGUAUUAGGGUCCAGCCCCCUAGUUUUACAAUGAGGAUAACUCCGGAGAAGUGAGUUAACACCAACGCUGGUGUUAGAGCGGGAACCAGGAAGAAGUGGGUGCUGCCAGCUUCCUGUUGACGGCCCACGCUGGUGACCGAUUUCUCCCGCCCGGUCCCCAGGAGGGGGAGGGGGACCCUCCACUCACUACCGGCAGGAAGAAUCCCAGCUGUUCCCCGGACACACUUCUGGAAGCACAGGCCGGGUGUGCGGCAGUGGGCCACGGAUGCAGUCGCGUACUGGGACGUGCAAGUGGCGGUAACUGGAGCGGGGAUCCUGGACGGGAUAUAGGGGUCUGGGGUGGCCUUGAAAAGAAAAGGGGGCCUGCCCCCACGACCCACGGAAUAACUCGGGGCCAAGGUUAGGCUGCGGCCCGGGUCGCUGCGCCGCCCCAGGUCCACGUGGGGAGCAGGCCCGCGGGGCUGGCGCGGCGCCCGAGCCCAAGGCUGGGAGCAGGAAGUUGUCUCCCGAGGGCGCGGCGCUGGGCGCGGCUCUGCAGGUGCAGCGCAAAGGUGGUAGGGGCCGGCAGCCGGUUCAGAGGACGAGGGCCUCUCUGAAGCGGUCCAAGAUCCUGCAUAUGGCACUGAUGGGGACUUCCGACCCCUCCGGAGAGGAUGAGGCCAGCCAGGAGAAGCCCUUUGUGCUGCGGGCACUGCAGAUCGCAUUGGUAGUCUCUCUCUACUGGGUCACGUCCAUCUCCAUGGUGUUCCUUAACAAGUACCUGCUGGACAGCCCCUCCUUGCAGCUGGACACCCCCAUCUUCGUCACCUUCUACCAGUGCCUGGUGACGGCGCUGCUGUGCAAGGGCCUCAGCACACUGGCCACCUGCUGGCCUGGUGCCGUGGACUUCCCCACCCUGCACCUGGACCUCAGGGUGGCGCGCAGCAUCCUGCCCCUGUCGGUGGUCUUCAUUGGCAUGAUCACCUUCAACAACCUCUGCCUCAAGUAUGUGGGCGUGGCCUUCUACAACGUGGGCCGCUCGCUCACCACCGUCUUCAAUGUGCUGCUCUCCUACCUGCUGCUCAAGCAAACCACGUCCUUCUAUGCCUUGCUCACCUGCGGCACCAUCAUCGGCGGCUUCUGGCUUGGUGUGGACCAGGAGGGCGCAGAGGGUACCCUGUCUUGGACGGGCACCGUCUUCGGCGUGCUCGCCAGCCUGUGCGUGUCGCUCAACGCCAUCUACACCAAGAAGGUGCUGCCGGCGGUGGAUGGCAGCAUCUGGCGCCUGACCUUCUACAACAACGUCAACGCCUGCAUCCUCUUCUUGCCCCUGCUCCUGCUGCUGGGGGAGCUCCGGGCGCUCCACCACUUCCCCCUGCUGACCAGCGCCCACUUCUGGGGCAUGAUGACGCUGGGCGGCCUGUUUGGCUUUGCCAUUGGCUACGUGACAGGACUGCAGAUCAAGUUCACCAGUCCCCUGACCCACAAUGUUUCUGGCACAGCCAAAGCCUGUGCCCAGACGGUGCUGGCCGUCCUCUACUACGAGGACACCAAGAGCUUCCUCUGGUGGGCGAGCAACAUGAUGGUGCUGGGGGGCUCUUUCGCCUACACCUGGGUCCGGGGCUGGGAGAUGAAGACUCAGGAGGACCCCAACCCCAAGGAGAGCGAGAAGAGUACCAUGGAGGUGUGAGCUUCCCUGGGGAGCCUGGGAUGGCCCGGCCCGGGGACAGUGCCCACGAAGGCAGUGAAGGUGUCUCACUGGACCCAGAGACGGUGGCCUGACAUUCCCUGCUGGGAAUCUGGUGGUUGAAAGGGAACCAGUGUUUCUGAGGGAUGUCAGAAAGUUGCCAAAACUGUCUCAACCCCC